AUGAGCCGCCUCAUCCGCUCCUUCACCGACUUGCGCGCCCGCAAUAACGCCGGCGAGGACGUCGACUUUGGCGCCUUUGCAGACAAGGUAGUCCUCGUCGUCAAUGCACAGUCCAGUUCCAGUCUACCCACCACCACUGUUGCGACGCCUCGCCCUCCCCGGGCCCAUCCCACCCACCGCGGUCUACCCACCGCCGCCUCGCCCUGCCCGCCCCAGUUUGCCUCCGAGGAGCCCGGCACCGCGGCCGACAUCAAGGCCUUCUACGUCGACGCCCACAAGUUGCCGGCGGCGUCGCUCAUGGAGAGAGUCGAUGUGAACGGCGCGAACACGCACGAGGUCUACAAGUUCCUGAAGGGCACACCCGAACUUGGUGAGAAAAUCGAGUGGAACUUCACCAAGUUCGUCGUCGGGCGUGACGGACAGGUUCUGGGACGGUAUCCCCAGCGGACGAAGCCAAAGGACUUUGACAAGAUGUUUGCCGAGAUGUUUGCGCAGGCGGAGAGCUGA